AUGUAUAUAUGUCAUGAGAGCGUUGUUGGUCAAAUCGUAGAUGUAUCCGAAAUCCGAACGUGUCAGUACCAGGUAGUAUUCGCCACAAAGUUUCUCUGCGCAAACCCGCUCUAUAAGCAAAGGCGUGCUUAUACCAAUCAAAUUUCAUGUCACUCGAAAAACAGUUCACCAAGUAAACCGUCAGCAUUAGUUGCAAUGGAAGCAGAACGGAAAAAGCUUCAAUCUAACAGCUUCACAAAUCUAGCUGCCCUUCUCAGUGAUGCGUUUAAAUCGAAGAUCAAGAUUAGUGCAAAACGCGACAAAAAUAUGCUUGUUUAUCAAGUAAAUCCGAUUGAGGAUUCCGAUGAUGAAAGUACUACUACAAUUGAUAAUACAGAGAAUAGUGCAAAUGAUGAUAGUGUUCAAAAUAAUCAUGAUAGUUCAAGUUUUUCCAAUUUAGAUUUUGUCAAUCAAGUGUCUAGUUCUAUAAAACCAUCAUCAACAUCAUCAUCCAUAACUAAUCCAUCCAUUGUAAAAUCAGCCAAUGAUAAUCAAUUAAUGGAAUUUCUACAAGGGAAAUUAUGUUUAACUGGUAAUUUAGGCUGGUGGACAUAUGAAAUAUGCUUUAACAAAUUUAUACGACAAUAUCAUUUGGAUGCAAAUACAAAGCAACUUCAAGAAAUUCGUCUUGGCAAUUGGGAUUUAGCUGCACAUUUGAAAUGGUUUGAAGAGAACAAUUUAAAGAAACAAAAAUCUUCCAACACUCCAGAUCGGCAAAUUUCAUUGUACUAUGGUCAAGGUGAUUUGUGUAAAGAAACUGAGAAACUUCGAGAAGUUGUAGUAAAAUUGAAAUGUUUACAUUCAACAAGUACAGCUAUUUAUUUGUCAUUCUCUGAGCCUACAAAAUGUGUCUAUUCAAUGUCGGUUGAAAGUUCCAUGUUUUGUGAUAUAAUCCCGUUAGCUGAUGAAAAUGAUAUAAUCCCAUUAGAUAAAGUGUAA